GAUUCCAAAGGGAAAUGCAAUGGUGUCCUCAAGAUUUCUGUGUCUCCUUUUUCCCAUUCUUUUACUCAUCGCUACUCAUCAAGCCUUUGCUGAAGAAGAUUGGCUAGCUUAUCAAAGCCACUUGUGUUCAAACAACAAAGGCAACUACACCACCAAUAGUACCUACCACAGAAACCUCAACACCCUUCUCUCCUCCCUUCCCUCUAACAACACCGGUAACGGCUAUGGCUUUUACAAUUCAUCCUAUGGCCAGAGCUCCGACAACAACCAAGUUUAUGCAAUUGCACUUUGCUAUAUGGUCAAUAUUGACGACCCUGGCUGCAGCAAUUGCCUUAAUGUCUCCAGGUACGCUCUCAUUGAGCUCUGUCCUAAUCAGAAGGAAGCUAUGUUUUUCACCGACGGUUGUAUGUUACGCUACUCAAACAGUUUGAUAUAUGGCACCAUGGAAACUGCGCCUUCUCUCUGUAUGUCCAACCCACAAGACGUACCGUCUUCCACCGUCAUCGAAUUCUUUGAAAAGCUAAGGGAGUUGUUAGGGAGCUUAAGAAGUGAAACUGCAGCUGCUGGUUCUCUUCGUAAGUUUGCAUAUGAAAACGCAAGCGGUGAAAAUAUCCAAACAAUAUACGGUCUUACGCAGUGCACGCCAGACUUGUCCGAGCAAGACUGCAAUGAUUGCUUAAUUGGUGCUAUUGGAGGUUUGUACAUGUGUAGUAAUGGGAAAAUAGGUGGGAGAGUUAUUAGACCCAGCUGUUACUUUCUGUAUGAGGUUUACGCCUACAUUAACAUUUCAGCUGUCAAGCCACUGCCAUCUCUACCAAGCCCACCAUUAUCAUCACCACCAAUAUCUCCUCCUCCGCCUUCAACAACCGGGAAUUCACAAGGAUCCAACAGAUCUCGGAAUGUCGUGAUUAUUGUUGUGUCAAUCGUUGUUUCUGUGCUACUAAUUAUAUCCAUCUGCAUUUGUUUAAGAGUGAGAAAGACAAAGGGAAAGCUUGAAAUACUUCCAGGCGAAGAUGUAGAUGAGAUUGGAAAUGCGGAAUACUUGCAAAUGGACUUUGACACCAUUAGAUUAGCCACAGAUGACUUUUCUGAAGUUAAUAAACUCGGACAAGGAGGAUUUGGCUCUGUUUACAAGGGUAGACUUUUCAAUGGAGAAAAUAUAGCAGUAAAAAGACUUUGUAUGAAUUCUGGACAAGGAGAUAUAGAAUUUCAAAAUGAGGUCUUGUUAGUGGCCAAGCUUCAACAUCGAAAUUUAGUUCGUCUCUUAGGUUUCUGCAUGGAAGGACAAGAGAGGCUUCUUGUCUACGAAUUUGUCUCUAAUGCAAGUCUCGAUCGUAUCAUAUUUGACCCAAUCAAGCGUGCAGAGUUGGAUUGGGAUAGACGAUACAAAAUUAUAGUAGGCAUUACUCGGGGGCUCCUUUAUCUUCAUGAAGAUUCUCGUCUUAGAAUUAUUCAUCGUGAUCUCAAAGUUAGUAACAUCUUGAUAGAUGGUGAAAUGAACCCCAAAAUUGCAGACUUUGGCAUGGCAAGAUUGUUCGUGCCUGAUCAAACCCAGGCCAAUACCAAACGAAUUGUGGGGACCUACGGAUACAUGGCUCCAGAGUAUGCAAUGCACGGGCACUUUUCAGUUAAGUCCGAUGUCUAUUGUUUUGGUGUGUUAACUUUGGAGAUAAUAAGUGGACAGAAAAUUAGUGAUUUUCAGCAUGGAGAGAACGUGGAGGAUCUUCUAAGCUAUGCAUGGAAGAAUUGGGUUAAAGGGACAGCUUCAAAUCUAAUAGAUCCCACACUGAGGAUUGGUUCAAGAAGUGAAAUGAUGAGAUGCAUCCACAUUGGAUUAUGUGUGCAAGAAAAUGCCGCUGAUAGGCCAACCUUGGCUUCAAUUAUUGUCAUGCUGAAUAGCUACUCUCUCGUUCUUCCAGUGCCCUCACCGCCAUCUUUUGUCAUGCACAGCAACACUGAAUUCAAAACUCCUUUGUGGGCAUUGGACUCUAAUUCAGAUGAUCAAUCACAAAGCAACUCUACGAAAGUGUCGGUGAAUGGGACUACUAUUAGUGACCUAUACCCUCGCUGUAGGUUAUUUAAUGAAGAAUGUAUAGCAGUGAAAAGCCUCUCUGUAAAUUCUGGACAAGGAGAUUUAGAAUUUAAAAAUGAAGUCUUGUUUCUUCAACACCGAAAUUUAGUUAGGCUCUUGGGUUUUUGCUUGGAAGGAAUUGAAAGGCUUCUAAUUUAUGAGUUUUUCCCUGAUGCAAGUCUUGAUCAAAUAAUAUUUGGUAUUUAUGCUUCAAUGAGUCUAGAGAGAUGUUGCAGAGACCAAUUACAAAACUACAAAUAUAUAUACCAGGAUUCUGCAGAGACCAAUUACGCCAUGCCAGCAAUGGUUUCCUCAAGAUUUCUAUUCUUCCUGAUUUAUGCCAUUCUGUUACUAAUCAUGAUCACUCAAGCCUUUGCUCAGCCUGCUUUUCUGUACCACUUCUGUAUAAACAACAAAGGAAACUACACCACCAAUAGUACCUAUCACAAAAACCUCAACACCCUUCUCUCCUCCCUGCCCUCUAGUGAAAACGGUAACGGCUAUGGCUUUUACAAUUCCUCGUAUGGCCAGAACUCAGACGACCGAGUUUACGCAAUCGGACUCUGCAGAGGAGAUGUCAAGGCAGAGGAUUGCCGCAGUUGCCUCAACAACUCCAGAUAUGCUCUCACGCGGCUUUGUCCAAAUCAGAAGGAAGCCAUUGGUUGGUACGACAAUUGCAUGUUGCGCUACUCCAACAGCUCCAUGUACGGAGUCAUGGCAACUAUGCCUGCUUUCUACAUGCGCAACCCACAAAAUAUAUCUUCGUCGGGCAUGGACGGGUUCAACCAAGAGCUGAGGAAGCUACUGGAGAGCGUAAGAAGCGAAGCUGCAGCAGGCGGUUCUCUUCGCAAGUUUGCGUACGGGAACGCAACCGCUCCAACUUUCCAAACAAUAUUUGCUAUUUCGCAGUGCACGCCAGAAAUAUCAGAGCAAGCCUGCAGUGACUGCUUGGUUGGUGCUUUUGGAGAAAUCCCCCAAUGUUGCCCUGAAAAAGUAGGAGGAAGAGUUGUUAGACCGAGCUGUAACUUCAGAUUUGAGGUUUACCGCUUCAUUGAGCCUACAACGAUUCUGCAACUGCCAUCGCCGCCGGCCGCGCCGCCAAUAUUAUCUCCUCCUCCACCAUCAACCAAUAUUACAACAGUUUCAGGAGGACCAAAGAGUAACACAUCUCGGACUGUCAUCAUUAUUCUCGUGCCAAUCGUCGUUUGUUUGGUACUAAUUAUAUCCAUCGGCAUUUGGCUAAGAGUGCGGAAGACAAAGAAGAAGCUUACAAUACUUCCAGCAGGCGAAGAUGCAGAUGAAAUUAGAAGUGCAGAAUCAUUGCAAUUCGAUUUUGACACCAUUAGAAUUGCCACAGAUGACUUUUCUGAAGCCAAUAAACUAGGACAAGGCGGAUUUGGUUCUGUUUACAAGGGUAGGCUAUUUAAUGGAGAAGAUAUUGCUGUGAAAAGACUUUCUACAAAUUCUGGACAAGGAGAUUUGGAGUUCAAAAAUGAGGUCUUGUUGGUGGCCAGGCUCCAACACCGAAAUUUAGUUAGGCUCUUGGGGUUCUGCUUGGAAGGAAUUGAAAGGCUUCUUAUUUAUGAGUUUGUUCCUAAUUCCAGUCUCGAUCACAUCAUAUUUGACCCAAUCAAGCGCACACAACUGGAUUGGGAUAGCCGCUACAAAAUCAUAGUAGGCAUUACCCGAGGGAUCAUUUAUCUUCAUGAAGAUUCUCGACUUAGAAUCAUCCAUCGUGAUCUCAAAGCUAGUAAUAUCUUGGUAGAUGCAGAAAUGAACCCCAAAAUAUCAGAUUUUGGCAUGGCAAAGUUAUUUGUGCUUGAUCAAACACAAGGCAAUACCAGUCGAAUUGUGGGGACGUACGGAUAUAUGGCUCCAGAAUAUGCAAUGCAUGGACACUUUUCUGUUAAAUCAGAUGUCUAUAGUUUUGGUGUGUUAAUUUUGGAGAUAGUAAGUGGGCAAAAAAAUAAUUGCUUUCGCCGUGGAGAGAAUGUGGAGGAUUUGCUAAGCUAUGCAUGGAAAAGUUGGAGGGAAGGGACAGCUUCAAAUGUAAUAGAUCCAACAUUGACGACUGGUUCAAGAGCUGAAAUAAUGAGAUGCAUCCACAUUGGGUUAUUAUGCGUGCAAGAAAAUAUAGCUGAUAGGCCAACCAUGGCUUCUAUUGUUCUAAUGCUGAAUAGUUACUCUGUCACUCUUCCAGUACCCUCACAACCAGCAUUUUUCAGGCAUAGUAGCGUUGGAUCUGACAUGUCUUCUUCGGGAUGGACGAACAAUUCAGGGUUGACAGCCGGGUCAGAUCGAUCGAAGAGCAACUCUGUUGUUAAAGCACCAGAAGAUGAGGUUUCAAUGAUCACAGAAGUAUAUCCUCGAUAGCCUGAAGAUGCAUACAUGGAAACUUACAUUUGUUAAAUUUUUUUUAAUGCAAUUUAGCAUUUCCUUUGGUUAGGUUAGGUGCGGAAUAAGACUUGUCAAUGCAUGUGUCCGUUGAAUUGUUAGGCUCACCUUGUGCAGAAGUUUCGAUUAGGUGGUUUAGCAAUCACAAUAGAAGAAAAGGCAAUCAAUCAAACGACGACUUUGACUAAUUUGGCUUGUUUUGUUGCCCACUCCCAUCUCUGUCAAGUUUUUUAUUUUUC